AUGUAUACGGAAUGUCAAUCGACAAACGGAAGGAGCAAUGGCCCAUAUGUUUCAAUAACAAACCCACCGGUCGACUAUUUUACCAUCGUACACAUACCAUUGAAAACGAAAUAUAAAUUAGAUGUUGCAUUAUACAAAACAAGAUAUAAUCUGUUGAUGUUGAUCAUUAUGAAAAUCAUUCUGCUUAUACUUUACUUCGGUGCUGAUGUUUUUCAUAAGAAGGAUAAAAUAUAUGAGUACAAUGUAUUAUCUUGGAGUACAGCUGCAGUUUGUUUAAGUCUAUUCCAUUUACUGAUUUAUCUACUCUUUGUCAUCAAAUACAACCGUGUUGGAAUUAUAACAUGUAGACUGAUUACCAUAAUUCAUUUAAUCUGUAUAUUUCUACGCAUUACAGUACUCGUCACUCAAUCGGAGUCUAUUUCAAAUUUAAGUCGUCUCCUUUCGCAGCACGUCUCUAUUAUCGGUGAUGCAUUUCUAUACACUAUACUGACGAUUAUUUCUUUCAUAUGCUCAAUGAAGUUAAUCAGAUUGAUGGCAAAUCAUGCGAAAGGCAUCGAUCUCAGUAUUCAGUACUGUGCCUAUUGA